AUGUGCCGCAGUGCUGUGUGUGCACACGACGGCGCUGUGCACAAGUCUCCGAUUGGGGAGGUCGUGCCGCAGCUUCAACUUACCUUUACAUGCACGGUCCCUGAUUGCGGCACACGAUCUACGCAUGAGUUUGCGAAACGCUCGUACACAGACGGGAUCGUGCUUGUACAGUGCCCGGGGUGCAAGAGCCGCCACUUGAUUGCGGAUAAUUUGGGGUGGUUUACCGAGAACGCGGAUGAGCCGCGCACGGUGGAGGAGAUUGUGCGUGCGCAUGGGGGACGUGUACGCACGGGGAAGGUGUAUGCAAAUGGGCAGGACGGCGAGACUGUCGAGAUUGAUGCGGGCAGAGUGGAAGGCGGCAAGGCGUAG